AUGACGACUACUACUACUACCACAACACCGACGACAACCUACAACUACGUCUACACGACCUACACAAAUGCUUCGCCUAGUCCCUUCACCAAACCCACCGAGUUUCCGUCCAUAUUCAGCUACGGCCCUGCGGUGGGAUGCGCCUCGAAUUCCGUUAGCCCUGAGCAAUCUGCGCAACCAUCCAACCACCCUAUCGGUCGGCCAGAGGGCCUCAAUGGCGGAUGUGUCAUCAGCAACGAUGCUGACGUCAACGAGCAUGCUUUCUGGGACAUAAGCCAAGCUCACGACGGCACCCUCGCUUUCUACAACCUCAGUGGUGAUUUGAAGGAAGUUGAAGCUACGCAGAUGGUCGAAGAGGUCAAGGCAUCCUACCCCAGCAUCUGUCCACUCGAUAUCAACCUCGUCAUGGAGACCAAAUAUGUUUCGUCCACAUGGACAGCGUCCACUCAGAGCGAGUACGACAUGGCCCCCUUCGUCUUGGCUCUGAGACAAAGCUUGUGUGAGCUCAAGGGUUUCUUCACGCGGCACGCCAAACAACUUCGUAAGCAACAUGGGGGAAUCCAGAAUCACAAGUCGCUUGGAGAACCGAUGACCAAGAUUGGAGAUACCGUGGACAAGACAGUUUUGAUAGCGCUGAGUUCGCAAGUCUUCGCGAUCCACGGUGAGCAACUGGCGACGGCGAACGCUCGUGGAUGUGGGUACAUAAAUGAAUUGAUCGCUGCCAUCGAUGGAGCAUUGGACCGCGAUCAGACCUUGUAA